AUGAGUUUCAACUACAUCCCAACCACCCAGCCUAUGUCGGGUACAUCGACGGGGCGCAGCUCCCCGAGUGACCUGUCUGGCUCUGGAUCUGGGGGCGGAAGAACACCAUUCGGACCUGCUCCGGGAUCCAUUGGUAGUUCGAGGCCGGGGGCUGGAUCCCCUUCACACGACUUGGGAGCGCGUUUGUAUUCAAAGCGAGCUCGCGAAAUUCAAGCACAAGAGGGUGUUUCUCCUAGCAUUUGGGGACCUCCCACCAGCGGCCAUUCAACCCCGCUUCGCGAAAAUAUUCCCGAAUCGCCCAGCCAGGAUAGCUUCCCCGAUCUGAUGCCUCCCACCAGUAGCUCGAUGAACAGCCCCGGACGCCGCGCUCGCGCUGGAACCGUGCCUUCUCGUUUCCCCCCAAUGGGCACUCUCAACGAAAUGGAUCUCCAGCAGCCUUUGCUCUCGCAGACUUCACGACCAACACCCUCGACUAGUCCUUUCAGGCCACCUGUCUCGGGAAUGGAUACUGGCUCCAAGGUUGCGAGCACUGCGGCUGGCCGUGAACCGGCCAUGUUAUCACGCCUUCGAGCUGGCUCGAUGCCGCAGAGAAGCAGCCUCUUGGGAGGCGGUGGACCUUUUGGCCCAUCCUUGUUUUCAACCAACUGGUCGACGGGACGCGAGCGAGCCACCACUUUGACGAGUAUUCGAUCUUCGGAAGGACCAACUUCGCCCAGUCAUUCCUCAUUCUCCAGGGACGGACUCGCAGAUACCGAUGUUAAGACGCUGGAUUAUCUUGGACUCGCUGAGACUCCUCAGCAGGCUAGAGCUUCUCUUGCGCGCCCCUCGAUGGAAUCUUUGAUGCAGCAGCAGCAACAGCAGGCCUCUGCGCUCCCGCCACUCCUGGCUGAGUUGGCAAUGAUGAAGAACAACAAUCGGUUCCGGUCUUACUCCGUCAACGCCAAGGAGAAAUACGCUGAUGACGAGGAUCUCGAAUAUGAAAGCCGUUAUUCUCAACUUCCCUCCGGUACUCUGACUCCGUCUGCUGCUGCAACCGCCGCUCAACUUGCUGCCACCCAGGCCCAGAUUCACCAGCACAACCUUGCCGUUCAGGCUUUUGCCAACCAUGCAUCUGUGAGCAGACCCCGUGCUCGGACUGCCGGUAUCUUGGAGGCUCCUUCCCAGCGAAACAACAUCCGCAACUAUCUCGCAACUCCCUCCCGCCUCGACAACAGCUUCAGUGCUGCUGAUCUUGGAAUCCCCGAGAAUGGUGAAUACGAUGACCUCUCUGAGGCUGUUCAACUGAUGGGACUCGGUGGUCCAGCCCACUCCAUGGGUGUUCGACAUGGUGAGAUCACGGAUGAGAACAACCAGGAUGGACCUACUCGGGCUCUGUGGAUUGGUAGCAUUCCCGUUUCUACGACUGUUACAUCCCUGGAAGCGAUAUUUGGACUUUACGGCAAGAUUGAAUCGACUCGUGUGCUUACUCACAAGAACUGUGGCUUCGUCAACUUUGACCGUCUCGAUAGUGCAGUUCAAGCCAAGUCGUUGCUCAACGGCAAGGAGAUUUUCCCAGGUGCUGGACCCGUUCGAAUUGGUUACGCCAAGGUCCCUGGUGCUUCGGCCACUGGUACCCCUGGUGCAAACGGCAUUCAGUCCUCCCCGACCCCUGAUCCCAACUUCCGCUCAAACCUCGCAUCCGCAGAUGGAACGGAUCGGGCAGACACCGCCAACAGUGUUCCCCAACUCCCCGCCCUAGCUGAUCUCCUCCCCGAGAUGGUGCAAAUCGUGCAAGAAUUUGGCGCUGGUGAGGAGGAUUCUGCGAAUAUCACUGCCAGCAUCCAGACUUCUAUCGCCUUCCAAGACUUUGAAGAUGAGAUCCCCUCGAUCCCAGAGCCUAGCCAGUCCCGGAUGUUUGAUGCACCCCGCCUUCGUGACAUUAGAAAGCGAAUUGACAAUGGUGCUUGCUCUAUUCAAGAGAUUGAAGAGACUGCCGAAGCUAUGCUCCCUGAGAUUGCCGAACUUGCCUCUGACUACCUCGGCAACACUGUUGUCCAGAAGCUGUUCGAAUUCUGCUCUGAGAUUACCAAAGAGCAGAUGUUGGCCCACAUUGCUCCUCAUCUUGCUGAAAUUGGUGUUCACAAAAACGGUACAUGGGCUGCGCAGAAGAUUAUCGAUGUGGCCAAGACCCCUGCGCAGAUGCAGUUGAUCGUUGAUGCCCUCCGCCCCUACACUGUUCCCCUCUUCUUGGACCAAUACGGAAACUAUGUCUUGCAAUGCUGCCUCCGAUUUGGCAGCCCCUUCAACAGCUUCAUCUUUGAAUCUAUGUUGAGCCGUAUGUGGGAAGUUGCUCAAGGCCGAUUUGGUGCCCGUGCCAUGCGGGCUUGUUUGGAAAGCCACCACGCUACCAAGGAUCAGCAACGAAUGCUUGCGUCUGCUAUCGCUCUUCACAGUGUACAGCUAGCUACCAAUGCCAACGGAGCUCUCCUCCUCACCUGGUUCCUCGAUACAUGUACAUUCCCCCGCCGCCGAACUGUCCUGGCUCCCAGACUUGUGCCCCACCUUGUUCACCUCUGCACUCACAAGGUUGCCUACUUGACCGUUCUCAAGGUAAUCAACCAACGCAAUGAGCCAGAGGCCCGUGACAUUGUUCUCAAGGCCCUUUUCUUCAGCCCCGGUGAUGAAAUUUUGGAAAAGAUUCUGAGCGACCAGACCUCUGGUGCAACUCUCAUUUUCAAGGUCCUGACUACUCCCUUCUUUGAUGAGUCGAUGCGAUCCGAAGUCGUCAAGAACGUGUCCAAGGUUCUCACAAAGCUCAAGGCUUCCCCAAGCCAGGGCUACAAGCGUCUCAUGGACGAGGUGGGUCUCUCUUCUCGUGGCAGCGGCCGUGAGAACCACCAUGGACGAGAGCACGGAGCUGGCCACGCCACUCCCGAGAAAUCGCAACGUCAAUCCUCCCGACAGGGAAGCACAGCCGGCUACCCAGCCCAACCUCCCAUGGAACGACAGUACAACGGACAGUUUGCUCCCAAUAUCGAUUCCCGUCCCAUGACCGCCGACCAGGCUAACCCUCCCAUGGACCACUACGCAAGCAAUGGACUCGGCAACCACCUAAGCGGUUUCCCCCACCCCAACCAAGACCCUGUGAACCACCAGUACCAGCAGCUGCAAUACCAAGCCUUCAUCAACGCCCAGGCCCAAGCCCGUGGCCUUCCUCCCACCUACCCCGGCACUCCAGGCGGCGCCUAUGGAUAUCCCGGCUCACCAGCCAUGGACAACCUGCGCUCACUGCCCCAGCAGGCGGUCCCACUGUCCGCCCCGGGCCAGAUGCUGAGCCAGUCAAACUACCCGCAGUUCAGCCCCGGUCCUAACCCUCCCCAGAUGUAUGCGCAGUUCCCCCCGCAAUACUAUGCCCAGGCCCAACCCGUGCAGGGCCAGCCGGGCGGAGCCCGACGUGGACGGAUGAGUUCUUUUUCGGAUCGUCCGUGA